AUGGAAAGCAUUAAAAGAGCCGCAGAUGAGGCCAUUGGGCCCAACAAAAAAUUCCAGCAGCCUGACCCGGCGAAAAUGGUCCAGGAAAAAGACGUUGGCAUCACCCAGUAUAUAAACGAGUCCUACAAGAACGGUGGAGGCUUUUUUGGCACGAUCAAACAGAGAUACUCUGACUUCCAGGUCAACGAGAUCGACAUGGCUGGAAACGUUGUGCAUUUGACCGACGAAGGUGUCGACUUGGGCAAAUCCAGAAAGGAAAAAAAAUUGGAACAAAGACAGGCCAUCCGGGCAGAUCUCCAAGGAAAGACGCCCGAAGAAGUUGAGCAGAUCAAGAAGGAGAAGGCCGAGAGCCAAAACGAAGCUGCCGAAACCGCUGAGGAAAAAUCCCACUUCAAAGUCUCUCCAGAAAACAGAGAACGCCUUUUGGAAUUCAUCACCGCAGACGAGCUUGAGCAGAUCGAAAACUUGUUCAGCACCGGAGGCAACAUGGAAACGAAAACAACGUUCGGCGACAAAGCUAAGCGCACGCAGUUGCACCAGUUGUUCCGUCUGGCGUUUGAAGGGAAGUUGGAAACGCUCACCUCGAGCGAAAACACCUUCAAAGUGGCUUUACACAAGGGAACUUCGGGUGGCCAGCGCAGAAACAACAACAACAAUAACAACAUCAACCACGUGGACGAGCAGGGCGUGAUCAACUACGGCUUGGGGCCCUUCAAAAACUACUUGCACUUCACCGUUUACAAAGAAAACAAAGAGACCAUGGAAAUCGCCUCCACCAUCACCAAGUUCUUGCGGAUCCCCAACAAGGCGGUCAAGUACGCGGGAACAAAGGACAGACGAGGCGUUACAUGCCAGAAGUUCUCCAUCCACAAGGGGAAAGUGGCCCGUGUGACAUCUCUCAACAAGGGCCUUCGAGGUGCCAUUUUGGGAGGCUUCUCCUACGAAGACAGAUCGUUGGAUUUGGGCGACCUCCAGGGAAACGAGUUUGUCAUUGCCAUUCGGGAUGUGCGUGCUCUUUCGCCGGACCAGAACAUCGAGGCUGUUAUUGCAGACUCGUUCCAGUCUCUCCAGAAGAACGGCUUCAUCAACUACUAUGGUCUACAAAGAUUUGGCACAUUCUCCAUCUCGACGCAUGAGUUGGGAAUCAUUAUAUUGAAAGAGGACUGGAAGGGUGCCGCCGAGCUUAUUUUGGCCGAACAGGACCGGGUGGUGCCAGAUUCCGUCGAGGCCCGGCGCAAAUGGGCCGAAACCGGCGACGCCGCAGAAGCAGCGAAGUUGAUGCCCCGCCGCUGUUCGGCCGAACAUGCCGUGUUGAAUUCUUUGGCCAAGGAGAAGAAGGGCGACGACGGAUACUCCAAGCAAGCGUAUUUCCGGGCCAUCAUGCAAAUUCCUCGCAACUUGCGCCUCAUAUAUGUGCAUGCGUACCAGUCGUAUGUGUGGAACCUUGUUGUGUCCAAGAGAAUGGAGCUUUUCGGGUUGGAAGUGCAAGAAGGCGAUUUGGUGAUGGUGGAGGAGAAAUCUCUGGAAAGCAACAUUGUGACCGAAAUAGUCGAUGGUGAAGUGUUUGCCGAGGAUGUUGCUGGGCCCGCUUCUGACAAGGUGAGGGCCUUGACAAAGGAAGACAUUGAGUCUGGAAAGUACACGAUUUUCGACGUUGUGUUGCCAUCUCCAGGCUAUGAUGUGGUGUAUCCUACGAACACGCAGCUUAUGGAGGUUUACGAGAAGGCCAUGGCCAAGGAUAGCUUGGAUCCACAUAAUAUGGGCCGCCGUGUCAAGGAGUUUUCUUUGGCUGGCUCUUAUAGGCCAGUGAUGGGUAUGCCUCUGGGUCUCUCGUAUGAAAUUGUCAAGUACAAAGAAGACACCGACGCCUUGAUCCGGACCGAUUUGGAGCUUUUACGGGAAAAGGAAGCAACGGGCGCUGUUUUAGACCGCGUUGUCAAGUCCGAAGACCCAGAGGCCAAUAAAACAGCCGUCAUUUUGCAAAUGAGAUUGGGAGUGAGCAGUUACGCUACUAUGGCCCUUAGAGAAUUCAUGAAGGCGGACACAAGUCGCUUGAGCGCCAAUUUCGAUGUGAAGACCGGAAAGACAGAGGAGAAAUAG